AUGGUCAUGGGCAUGGCAUCAGCAGAAGCUCUUCGGGGAACCAUGAUUGAUCUUGCCCUUUGCCUGACCUGCUUGGCCAUUGCUGCACGCGUGCUGCUGGGAAGUGUGGGGGAUUGCGGCGGGAGCCGCAGGAGCAGCACUCGACGCCAGCUACUCUUGUGCCUGUACUUGCUCUCCCUUGGCCUGAUGCUCGCAGGUGUGGGCCGUGCUGCUACGGCUUUGGCCCUCUCCGUGGAGUCCGCUGUGCCGGUUACCGCCGCUCAGCUUCUCCCGCCUGUGAUGGCCUUGGCCGCCUCGUCCCUUGGGUUGUUGAGUAUCACUUCCGCAUCCCUUCUGGCACUGGCGGCUCCCCGGUUGGUGCCCCAGUGUGACGAGGAGCCCUGGGUCCCAAGCUUGGGUGAUCUCGAGAAAGCCAUUCCCCGCCCGCGGGAGCCUCAGACCGAGAAGCGCGCCCCAUGGGCUAGGUUGGCGGAUGACAAGCUCCGAUUCGCAGCAGAGGCUUUGAAGCUGAACUCGAAGCAGGCUAUGCUCCUGAUUGUGGCACUUUGUGAGCUAUCGAGAAACCGUGUUCACUGGUCCCGCAAACCCGACGAGACUUGGGGAAAAUUCCUUCAUUCACUCCAUGAGAUCGUCACGGAGUCGAGGGCCCGUCCGAUGCUGCCUGCUGAAGCCUGGUAUGAAGUCGCCAGAUGGUACGGCACGCUUUCCGAUUCGCGGCUGAUUCAGCUGCUGCGGGCGGCCCUGAUCUUCCACAGCAGCCCGAAGCCCACGAAGGCGCGGAAGUUGGCCAACCUACUGGCCAACGCGCCAAGUUUUGCCGUGGGAUCCAAAGCGGAAGGUUCUGUGAGGCGUGUCUUAAGUAUCUGA